GCUGUACUUCUAUACUCUACAAUAUCAAUUCAGCAAAACAAUCAUCAGUCUACAGCUAUGACUUCUAUUAACAACGCUCUCGAGAUGGAUUCUUCUCCUGCCCCGCAAAAACCGGAAUUUAUGAUGACCAUCUCUCCAGACUUUCGCAACCUUGACCUCACACGGGAUAGAGAAAUUCGUCAUUUACAAUUUAGAAUUUCCUAUGAUAAAUCCGAUGAUAGUGGUAACGUCGCUAUCAUGGAGGGCCACCUAGUCAAUCGCGCACUUGCAGAAGAAGCAGGGUUCGGAAAAACGAUGGAAGAUAUAAAUACUGAAUGCAGCUUGACAUUGGCAUCCGUGAUAUUUGAUGAAUAUGGUCAACUUAAACAAAAGUGGUUCCUAGGGAUUCGUAAAGGCUCAAGCAUUUGGGAUGCUCGUGUAAACAUUGGCAGUUUUCUUAUAAUUGAUUCGAUGAUAAUUGAAGAACAGCAUCGUCGCAAAGGCCUUGGAAAAUAUCUGAUUUAUGAAAUGCUACGCUACAUGAAAGACUACAGAAUUGGCAUCUCAUACGUUUUCACAAAUUUAGGAGAACUGGAAGGGGCAGCGAGAAUAGAUGCGAUUGCGUCUUGGAGAGCAGCAGGGUUCAAAAGAAUUGGACUGUCACACGUAUUCUGUUAUGCAAUGUCAAUGAGCGACAGAUCGAAGAUACCCGAUGCGGAAAAAGAGGACUCAGAAAGAGAUACAUUUGAUUCCGAAGCUUCAUAUUCCACAGAGGAUGAAUUUUCUUCGCCAGUGCAAAGUGUUGAGAGUGAAUCAUUGUCCGAGUCGUUUUCAUCCGGGAGAUUGAACGAGUUGGAAGGAGCCCAAUUAGCACCCUUUGACGACGAUAGUGCAUCGAAAAAUUCCAGCAGCCCAAGUCCACCCAUUGAUGAAGAGGCUUCAUUGGCGGAGUUGGACAGCCCAAACGUUCAGAGUUCGCACACAAGCAUCGAAGAACCCAAUAUGACCAUAUCAGAUAGAUUGGCAGAUUUUUCUCUGGGGCACGAAAAAGAAGAUAGUGAGGAAAUAUUCGGGUUUUCGCUGUAAGAGAACUUGGUUUAUGUUUCAAAGUCUUCUGUGAAUUAUCAAUAUGGUUUCAGUGGACAAUAGCGUGAUAGCGGGAGUUGAAUUCAGGAGUUAUUAUUAACCACCAGCCUGUACGAUUAGGACA